AUGGUUAGAAUUACCGAGUGGGAGCUAAGUGCAAUAAACUCGCCGGUUAUACCCCAAAAGAACUUUAUAGUUACAUUUACUUUAGCAAUAGGUGUCUUGGGGCUUACAGCAGCAGUUUACAUCGCAAAUUGGCGUCGAGCACCCAGCUUUAUUACCCAAGGAAACAAAGCUAGUAUUAAUAGUAGCGCACCUGCCGACACGUCAGGUCGGGCUGGAACUGGAGACAAUCAGGGUGCCUCCGCAGCCGUGAGAGCACAACGAGCUACUUCAUCCGCAUCGAAUAUUCUUUCCAAGUGCUACUUUACGCUUCAGGCGGAGCGACAUGUAAAGCGCAAUAAUACCAAUUUAGUAGAGUGGCAGGAUGAUGCCUUGGGCAUCAGCAUUCCUUUUUCACCCAUUCUAUUCACUGUCAAGCAUGAGGGGCGGCAGGCACCCAUGGUGCUAUUGACGUUAUGCUACUUGCGUCAAGAAGGUCAUCGGGUGACCAUCACAAUAGAGGAAACGUUCAAUGCUGAGACGGCAGAAAAUUAUCGCAAAAUGAGCCUUCUGAAAAUUGCUGAUUGCUCGAAAAUUUUGUCCACUUCCAUAACCCGUAUCGGCAACAACCAGUAUCCACAGGCGGAAUACUGCUAUUUAAACGAAGAGAACCAGUUAGUGUAUGUGCUUUCUGUAUUCCUGACGCACGAACGUCUAGCUCUGACUCUGCAGUACAGCGCCGACACUAGGGUCCGUGGAAUUCUUCCGACUGCCUUUAACGAGCUUGUGCGUGCCGUUCGAUUUAGUCAACCACGACCGUCGUCGUCGUACUUGUUGGUCUCUGAGCCAAGGCUAGGGUUGGGCUUCCGUCUUCCUCUUGAUUUCCGUGUGUAUGAAGGGCUCCCAGAAGAUAUUGACGAAACGUUUUACUAUUAUAGACAGCACGCCAACUGCGGUUCUGCAAAUAUGCCCACUUGCAGGGUUCUAGAUAGUGCACCACGGUAUGGCAAUGAAACCAGAGUUACGUCGGAUUUUCCAAAAGAUGCACAUCUUCUCUAUCAACAGCGGCACUUUGGUGAUAGUGGUGAUACUUCGUUCUUUUCUCCCUUCGCCACCGCCGUUGGUCGUGGUAUGCGUUGCAUGGGUAUUAUCGCUUCCUAUGAGCCAUCUAUCACUGCUUUUGGAAGCAGUAGUGACAGUGCUGACGGAUCAUUCACCCGACAGCAUUAUGCUUUCUAUUCUAGCAACCUCAGAACCGCUGAAAAUACGACUAUAGAGAGCAGUAGUGCUUUCGAUGGCAAAGCUAAUAUAAUAUCUUCGGCGUCGUGGCACACCAGUCUCGAAAGACAGCUCAAAAUUACCUUUAUGCGGUUUGGUAUUCACAUUGAGGAGCCAAUGCGUGUAAUCUUUCGUGAUGAGGUCAACGUUAGAAAUGGGCAAGAGGAAAGCAUUUCAGCGGGCUGCAUCAUUAUUAGGCCCUAUCGUCUAUUGCUUUUGAAACAGGGAAACUUUUCCAAUCUGGAGGAUGAAGAAGAUGCGGCGCGCAACACGCUUUUGCUGCUGGGUUCUUGUUGCCUUCAAGAAGUUAGGCUCAAUCCCGAUAGUCCCUGUCUAGGUCUCAUCAACGAUAAAACUUAUUGGGAGAAGGCCGUGCUGGGAGAUGUUGAAAUAGCCCCAGCUGCGAGGCUCCGUGCUUAUUUUGGUGCCUUUUACAUCCCUAUAGGAAACGAGUGUGUUAGCUUUUAUUUUUUUGCUUCCGUCAACCACCACAGUUUUGAGGAUUUUGCCAGCUUCUGCGCUGCUACGAUGCAAUCAAUGUCGCUAGGGAACCACAACGGCCAAACAACCUCCCUCUCGUAUUGUAAUAUGCGGCAUGUAUUGCAACCAUUUUCACUAAUUCUACGUCCAGGCUCCGAUGUUGAGGAGCCUCAGUUAGGCGACCCACUUGCAUUAGUUCACGUAGGAGAUGCUGCACUUAUCAGUCCAGUGAUUCUGCGCAUGUUUCCUUUGCAAGAGCCAGCUGCCUCUGGACAUGUGCAUGCGUCUUCUGUUGCUCAAGUAUCGCAAAUGCCAAGUCCCAAACCCUUCGAAACCAUUGGUAAUGAUCUUAAUAAACAUCUAAUUCCCCUUCCACCCCCCUAUUUUUGCAAGACGGCCAAACCCAGGGCACAACAUCGACUGCUUGAAUACGCUGUGCAUUGGCACCUUUCUCAGAUGUACAUGAAAGAAGACGGUGAUGGUGUGCGCAUACUGCAGUGGGAGCCGCUGACAUUGAACUCUAUGCCAGCUCUUUUAGUAUGUUUUGAGCCAAAACACGAUAACGAGGAUAUCAUAAAUGAGCUUAUGUCCACUUCUGGACCCUCUAAUAGGGAGGGGGGUGUCGGAUCAAACACCAGAAAGCAUGCGCUCGAAGGAUUGGCCAAUUCAGCAACCCUAUCAAAAGAUGAUAUCGACACUUGUUCAGAGGCUGCCUCAGAGUGGAUGGUAAGCCGUGCACUCUCCUUGGAGGAGGACGUGGGCUCGUUCAACCCCUUUAGCCAGUAUUACCCACCACCAGUACCUCCGCCACCGGCGUACUUUGGUUUGCGAUUACUUUCCCAUGGCAAUUCAGAAGUUACUUUAGACAAGAAAUCUCAGGUUAAACAUACAGAAAGCAUUCAAGCUAGUCAAUACGGAACUUCAAAGGCUCGCAGUGGCACUUUCCAGGAAGAUACCAGUUGUAGUAAUAAUAAAAGUCACGAAGCACAGCCAACAAUGAUGGAAUAUAUUUACGCCAGUGGGUUUCGAUCGAACUCGGUACGUUCGCAGUGUGGCGAUUUAUCUGCGGAGGAAAAUACGUUACGUGUGGCUCUGGUUCUAUACGUUGAGGGGAAUGCAUUUUUAUGCAUGACGUCUGCUUCUAGGCAUUCAUUGAAAUCUGUGCAGCAGAGCGUGCAAGAGCUCGCAUCUAAUUUUGUGUUGCUGCAUUCUUUGUAA